AUGUCCUCGACCUCUAGCCCGUCCUGCAUGAUGACCCCCGAGUCGGACGUGGAAAGUCCUUUGGCCGUCUCGCCAACCGCCCUAAACGGGCACAACAACCCCCGCGUUCUCGUUCGUCAUCUACUCGAGAGGUAUGGCAGGGAGGAGGUCAACCGUCUGAUAGAGGAAGAGCUGGCGUUGAGCCCUUCAGGCCUCGUCUCAUUACCAGAGACGGCCUUUUCGCAGCAGUUUCUCAAAUCUGGAGGCGACGCCGUCAGCAACCACUCGGCAACAGGCCUGGCACACGCAGCCGUUGGCUACCCAAACUACGUCCCGACGCCUCGGCGCACCCCGUCAAACAACCACCUCUCCCACAGGUCACGACGACAAUCCACCGCCGAUCGCGCGUCCUCGUCGGCAGGCUCCACGACGUCGCAGAGGCUCGACUACGCCUGCGGCUUCUGCGCCGAGGAGAGCAUCCGCAAGACGUGCACGCGCCGCAACGACCUGAGGCGACACAUUGAAAACUUCCACAACAAGAACGCCAUGUGGUUCUGCCAGCACCCGGGCUGCAAGAUGGCCUACGACUGGCAGAGCGCCUACCAGACGCACCUUCGCAACGCCCACGGCCGCUCCCACAUGAACGUGGACGAGGCCAUGGUCAAGGUGUGCCCCCAGACCGUCUUUGCGUGCGGCUUCGAAAACUGCACCCGCGUGUUCGAGGCGCCCUCGGAGGAGGAUGCCCCGGCCACCCUCAAGGAGUACUCGGGCCACAUCGUCAAGCACUUUGAGGAAGGGUCCAACGGCGGCCGGUGGAGCUACUCGACCAGGGUGCGCAACCUGCUGAGGCAGUCGCACGCCUCGGCCCUCUGGGACAAGGCGUGGCCCGAGACGGAGGCGCCGGACACGCCGGGCUUGCAGUGGGACACGCAGACGAGCAUGGCGGCUCGAAAGAUUCUCGAGGCGGGGCACCUGGAGAACCUGCCGUUCCUGAUCCGCUUCCUCAUUGCGCUUGGCUCCGCCAACGGGGGGGGGCUCUCCGGCUUGGAAGGGAAGCUCGAGCCUCCGGUCAGGGAGAGAUGUCCGGCUCCGUACAGGCACAGGAGGUCGCACAGUCCACGGCAGCAGCAGCAGCAGCAGCAGCAGGAGGAGGAGGAUGAUCCCGACAGAGAGCAGCAGCAGCAGCAGCAGCAGCAUCAGCAUCAGCAGCAGCGGUUCGGCCAGUUCAAGAUGUCGGUCGGGGCUCCGAUGGGGUCGCUCGACUACGAGCCUUACAACGGCGACGUGCACCCCCAGCAAGGGCCUCGCUCCGUCGACCCGUUUUCCUCGGAGCGGAGCAUGCAGCGAGGCGGCGGGCUCGGCGUGUACACCGAUGAAUCGGCGGGACCGUCCUUGCGGCCGCUGACUCCGCCUCACCUGUUCUACCACGCCGCCAGUCCGGCCAUGUACCACGCCCAAUCCCCGGUCAUGAUGCCCGGAGCGGCAGCCGCAGCCGCCAUGCAGGCUCAACAACAGCACCAGCACCAGCACCAGCACCAGCACCAGCACCCGGCGCCUGCCGCGCAGUUUCUGGGCGUGGCGCACGAGCCCGACGCCGUGGUGCACCCGGCAAGCUUCCACGGCCUGCCGGUCGUCGCUCCGCCCGUAGCGACGACCGGCAUGUCGCCGGGGCUGGAUAUCGAUAUGAGCGGCGACUGCAGCAGCAGCGACGCCAUCAGCUCCGCCCGCGAGAACUGGCUGGGACACUAUCCGCAGAUGGCACUGCACCACCACCACCACGCCGCGCACCACACCGCGGCGGCGGCGGCGGCGGCGGCGACAACCCCGAUGCCAGGAGACACAUACGAAAUGAACCCAUUGAGCUCAGACCACGGCAUGGGCGGACGGGUCCGUCUCGCGUCUCCAGGACGAUCAGUCUAG